UCUCCUAUAUCUAUAACUUGGACCGUGUAUCUACUGCCCAUGCAUGUGUCCUUGGAUCCUAACUAAAUUGAGCUUUUCUUUUGCUUCAAUAUCUGUAAUUCAUCAACCAUGGCAGCUGAACUUGGGCAAAAGGAGGAAACGAAGAAUGUGAAAAUCACUGCCAAAACCCAUGUCAAGCUCAACAAGAAACUCGGAAGAAGGGAAUGUCAGUUGGUAACAUUUGAUCUUCCAUACUUGGCUUUCUACUACAACCAAAAGUUGCUGUUUUACAGAGGGAGUGACUUUGAGGAGAUGGUGGGGAAAUUGAAAGACGGGCUAGCCGUCGUUUUGGAAGACUUCUAUCAGCUCGCCGGGAGGCUAGGCAAAGAUGACGAGGGGGUCUUUAGGGUGGAGUAUGACGAUGAAAUGGACGGCGUGGAGGUGGCGGAGGCCAUCGCUGAGGGGAUCGAAAUAGCUGAUCUGACGGUCGAGGAGGUCACCACCACUUUGAAGGAGUUCACACCCUACAAUGGGGUCUUGAACUUGGAGGGGCUCCGUAGGCCUCUGUUAGCAGUGCAGUUAACCAAGCUGAAAGACGGACUCGCAAUGGGGAUGGCAUUCAACCACGCGAUCAUCGAUGGGACUUCCACGUGGCACUUCAUGAGCUCAUGGGCCGAGAUCUGCGGAGGGGCCCACUCCAUCUCGGUCCCACCCUUCCUCGACCGCACUAAAGCCCGCAGCACCCGCGUGAAGCUCGACCUCUCGCUCCCCUCCACGCCACUCGCUUCAUCCAACGGCGACGCAAAGCUCCCUCCACAACUCAGGGAGAAGAUCUUCAGGUUCUCCGAGGCUGCCAUCGACAAGAUCAAGUCAAAUGUCAACGCAAACCCUCCCUCAUCGGACGGCUCAAAACCAUUCUCCACAUUCCAAUCACUCUCCGUCCAUAUCUGGCGCCACGUAACCCAUGCACGUGAACUGAAGCCCGAAGACUACACCGUCUUCACCGUCUUCGCGGAUUGCCGGAAACGGGUGGAGCCUCCGAUGCCGGAGAGCUACUUCGGUAACCUAAUCCAAGCAGUGUUCACAGUAACGGCUGCCGGGUUGUUAUCGGCGAACCCGCCAGAGUUUGGUGCGUCAAUGAUUCAGAAAGCGAUAGAAAUGCACAACGCGAAGACGAUUGAGGAGCGCAACAAAGAGUGGGAGAAGUCACCGAAGAUCUUCGAGUUUAAGGAUGCGGGAGUGAACUGCGUGGCGGUGGGGAGCUCACCGAGGUUCAAGGUGUACGAGGUGGAUUUUGGGUGGGGGAAGCCGGAGAGUGUGAGGAGUGGGUCGAACAACAGGUUUGACGGGAUGGUGUCCAUGUACCAGGGGAAGAGUGGUGGGAGGAGCAUCGAUGUGGAGAUUAGCUUGGAGGCUGUGGCUAUGGAGAGGCUGGAGAAGGACAAGGAGUUUCUUAUGGAGAUGUAAUUUAAUUAAAAUAUGCAUAAUGCAUGUAUUUAAUUAAUUGUAUUUGAAUUUAAGAAGAAGAAGAAGAAGAAGAAGAAGAAGAGUACGUACUAAGCUAUAGGGCCUAGCCUAGGGGUCGGGGGUUGACAGAAACUGCCGUUGUGAUUUUAGUUUUCAUGCAGGAGUUGGUAGGUGAAAAUUCUAAAAUCAGAAUAGCGGUGAUAUCAUUAUCAUAAUGCUAAGCAAAAGUGUUGAGAUUGUAAGGUGUGUUUGGGCUUGCUUCUUUUCUUUUCUUUUCUUUUCUUUUUUUUUCUUUUCACAUGCCGUUUCCUUUGGGCUUGUGAUAUGUAUAUUUUAUAUGUGUGCUUUUCUUGAUUCGAAUGGGUGGGCCAUUGGGCCUUCUGGAGCCUUAUCUUCCAA